AUGAUGAACGGUAAUACUGGUGGCUUCUCCCAAGCAGCCUUCAAUGGCAACGUGCAUGGGUAUGGUGGCUUUGGAGAUCGAAACAUGCGCAAGGGUGCAAUUCCUGCCAUCAACACGGCGAAUAAAGAACAUUUGAACGCUGGCGAGCAGACACCGGGCACGGCCUUCGAUAUGUCCAACUUCACACCACUGCUGCCAUCACAGUUGCUGCUUGGAUCGCCCUUCCAACCUGGCUCUCCAGGAGCUUUCCAAUCACCUCAGUUCCAGACUACGAGUCGAUUCUCUGCCGAAACAAAUGGUCUACAUCAACAUCAGUAUCAACAGAAUGGGCAAAUGUCAAGCCCGACCCAGGGCCAGGCCCCGUCAAUGUCUCCCACAAUGUACCAAGGACUCAUGUCUCCUGAUCCGUUCUCGCCACAGUCGCCAACUGGCUUCUCUGGUCUUGGAGGUGCCGCUUUUGGCAGCUAUCCGACCAUGAUGCAAUCCGCCAGCAUGAUGUCAAGCACGAGCCGUACAGUCUACCUUGGCAAUGUUCCAGGUGACACCACCGCUGAGGAACUGCUCAGCCAUGUCAGAAGUGGCCCGAUUGAGUCGGUCCGUAUGUUGCUGGACAAGAAUUGUGCUUUCAUCUCCUUCCUGGACAGCAGCUCGGCUACACACUUUCAUUCUGAUGCCAUUCUUAAGAAGCUCAGCAUCAAGGGUCAAGAUAUCAAGAUCGGAUGGGGCAAGCCGUCGCAAGUCCCUAGUUCCGUCCAGCUAGCUGUACAACAAUCUGGCGCCUCUCGAAACGUAUACGUCGGCAACCUCCCUGACGACAUCACCGAGCAAGAAAUCAGAGAUGACCUCAGCAAGUUCGGGCCCAUCGACACCAUCAAGAUGGUCCGCGAGAAGAAUAUUGGCUUCGUUCACUUCCUGUCAGUUUCCAAUGCUAUCAAGGCAGUUGCCCAAUUGCCGCAGGACCCAAAAUGGCAGGCUCCCAGACGUGUCUACUAUGGCAAGGAUCGCAUUGCGCCCGGCUAUGCCCAUGUCCUCAACGGUGCCGACAGAGAUCUCAUCUCAAAUGCCCUAGCACAGCAGUCUGUUGCUGCUGCAGCGGUUGCCACUACCGCUGGCGGCGUCAACAAUCUUGGAAACCGCACGAUCUAUCUCGGCAACAUCCACCCUGAGACAACGAUUGAAGAAAUCUGCAAUGUCGUCCGCGGUGGACGCCUGAAGAUCGGUUGGGGCAAGCAUUCUGGAGCUCUGCCGCCGGCUAUAGCACUCGCCGUCAGUGGCGGUGCAUCACGUAAUGUAUACAUCGGUAACCUCGACGAGAGCUGGAGUGAGGAACGGCUGCGACAAGACUUCUCGGAGUAUGGUGAGAUCGAGCUCGUUAAUACCCUGCGAGAAAAGAGCUGUGCCUUUGUCAACUUCACGAAUAUUGCCAACGCUAUCAAGGCCAUCGAAGGCAUGCGAGGUCGUGAGGAAUACAAGCGAUUCAAGAUCAACUUCGGCAAAGACAGAUGUGGCAAUCCGCCUCGACAGAACAUCAACAACGUCAAUGCUCAGCCGCGCAUGCAGGCAGGCUUGGACAUGUCCUCUUCGCCUCCACCGAUGAAUGGUUUCGAGAAUGGCUUGUCUCAGACAGGAUCAAGUCCGACCAGACCCACUAUUCCUACGGCACCACGAGCUUUCCAGCAACCACAUCGUCAACAAAGUCAGCCUGCACCGGCAACGAAUCUGUUGAACGGUGGUCAGUCGAACCCACUGACUAUGUACCUGCAUCAAAUGUCACAGCAACAAGCUCAGGCCGAACAGGAUAUGCAAGAUGACAGCUUGACAUUCGCCGCUCUUCAACACCAGCAGAACCAGGCUUUGGCUAAUCAACAGGCCUCGCUGUAUGGCGGCGAGACGUCGAAUGGUCAUGUAAGCCUCGAGCCGCCUCCAAUGACAAGCCACGCUCGACACCAGAGCUCUCUCGCUGGAUUGUAUAGUACGGGCUCUAGCAUGACAAACGGAGCUUCAACCACAGUCGGUGGACUUCUUGCCCCAACAAACAGUGGACUCGGUGCUAGUCGCAGCGCACAUUCGCGAGCUGUGUCGCUGCCGGCGUUCUCACAGGAAAUUUUUGGUCCCUCGUCACAGACAACGUCUUCUUCGAGACCAUUUGGCGGUCACGCACCUCAGGGUAGCUUCUCGGGCUUCGGGUCAGCUUUCGGCACUGGCUUUGGUACCAGCGGCUUCAACGGUCUGGGUCUUACAAGCGAUCGGGGUGGCCUUUCUGGAUGGGCAGAGGAGGAGAUUGGUGCGAAGUGA